AAUUGAAUUAACUUCAAAAUAAACAAAAACAUUCUACAGAUUUAAUAAAUCUCAUUUAAUUUAAAUUAUCUAAUUAAAGACAUGUCCUCAAGUAAGAUAAAUAUUCACAGUUUGCAGCAAAACAUCGACAGCCUGCUGUCAUCAACAGAAAAUUCUCCCAAACGCCACAAAAAACGUAAGAAGCAUCGCCAUCGUCAUCCGCCUGCAAGUGAUGAAGAAUGCAUCGACGUGACCUCCGAUAUUCCAACUUCAUCCAUCCGGAUUACAUCUCGUGAACACACAGAUAGACAACGAAAUGUUCCCACCAGCUCCUCGUCCAAAUUAUCAGUCACACCGCCCUCAAUUAAAUCCGUUGCGCCUGUAAAGAAACGUAAAGGAAAAGGCAAAGAGAGUGGAACUUCGAGUGAUGAGGAGCGCUGGCUUGAUGCCAUUGAGUCAGGCAAACUCGAGGAAGUCGAUGAUGAGUUGAAAAAAAUCAAAGAUCCCAAACUUAUGACGGCUAGGCAAAGGGCCAUGUAUGAGCGUAGCACUGACAAAGAGCCCAGUCCUGGCGGAGAGGUUCUUAUGUCAUUGCCCACUGGCUACAAGGAGAAGGUGAUGACUGCUGAAGCAAUAGAAAAGGCUCUGCUCAAGUCACAAAAACGCAAGCAACUUGCCGAUGAGAAACGAGAAAAGGACAAAAAGAAGACAAUGGAACGUCUCCUGAAGAAGCAGGAGACCAAGCAGCGUUCGCAAGGAAAGAACAAAGCCGUAAAGACCCAGGAGCCCGUAAUUACCUAUCGGAACACUUACGAAGGCGCGACAGUAACAAUGCCCGCAGAUUUUGAUUUCCCCCUGAAGCCACAACUAGCGAAUGAUCCUCCAAAGCCUAUUCUCUGUGGAAUCCCCGGAUGCAGAAACCUCAAGGUGUACAAUUGCUCGAAGACAAAUCUGCCUCUUUGCAGCUUUGUUUGUUAUAGAAAAAAUGUAGAAGCUCUGAAGGAAAUUAUGUGCUGAAAUGUUAAAUGUUAAAAUCCUUUGAAGAAAUUGUACUCAAUGAAAAAUAAAAUAAUUUUGUAUUUAAGAAA